AUGACGGCACCGACACUACCUGAUUAUGACCAAGGCCUCUUCGAGGCGGGCUCAAAUGCUCAGCGGCAGUUCAAAAAGCGCAAGGUUCUGCCUCGCCCACGCAAUGACCGAGCUGUUGACGAUUCUCCAUCAGUGCCCGCGGCCUGCGACCUACACAUCGACACAUCAGCUCUUCCUGGUCCCCCAGACUCUCAAGCCUCCAGUCCACGAACUUUGAAGCAUCAACCGCGGAGAAUCGGGACUGGCCCUGAUUUACCCCCUACACCCCCAAACUACUCUCGCGCCUCGUCGGGAAGUUAUCCAGCCCAACCAUCUAGUCCUCCACCUCUCGACACCGUUGUUCGAACACCCCAAGCCUCGUCAAAACGACCACCAGCAACGCCGCCAGAUCAACGUAGUCCUCCGACGCCUGAUGUGACGCCGCCUCAGCCUGCCAGCCGACCACGCGCUUUACGUGCCGCAACUUUUGAUCGUUCUCGAACUGCAACCAUCACAACGGAUUCGCGCACCGAAUCGUUCAAGACUGCCCGAGAAGAACCGCUUUCGUCUGAGGACGAAGCCGCCAUGUCAGCUGUAAAAACCAUUGUGACUUUGUCAACGCCAUCGCAAACUACAGUUUCUCGAAUACCCGUAAAUGCCAGUAGUCAUACCGUCAAGCCUCAGGCUUUGGACCUUGCCCUCGAACGCCUAAGUGUGAAACCUGCCGAGGGCUACAAUCCCCCGACUCACGGCGAACUGGCUCAGUUCGAUGGCGAAUGGAACCCCCCAAAUCGGGUAGAGCAAGAAUGGGAUAACAAUCUCGAAAGAAUGGUAUCUGUGGGCAGACGCCGUCCCCAGCCUGUUCAGCCAAGGACCACUCGGGCGACCUCGAGGAAGAGCGCGGCGAUAGAAGAUAAUAUAAUCACCCCUACAAAUGCGACAGAGGCUGUCCGAGGCAUGUCUUUUCAAAAUACCGCCAUAGUCAAGCCGUCGCCCAAAACAAUCCCUCAGAAAAAGCGCGCAGAAUUGAACACAGCACAAAAGGAACUGAAGGGAAAUAUCGAGUCGCGAAGAUCGUCCGGUCUCUCUUAUCAGUCUUCACCUUCCACCGUGAUUGGAGCUAUACUGGUGGAUAGCCAAACCCCGCCUCAAAGACAGAAGACUUUACGGCAUGUUCGCAAGCGAAGAGAACUCAGAGAGACAAGCCCUUGUGGUCGAAGGGCCGUUGCAGACGUGUUUGAAUUGCAGGAUCAUACAUGGCCAUUUUCAUCUCCGUCGCGAAAUGAGCCUUCCCGGCGACAUGACAGCUACACUUCCACAGCUACCACAAAACCAUUACCUAGUGGACGAGCCAGACGUGAAAUAUGGAAGAAUGGCGGCAUACCUGUAGUGGUCAUUCCCGAUCGAAGGUCAUCAAACAAGUCAAAGUCAAGAGAACCUUCUUUGCGGUCCACAUCAAGCCGACAUUCCAGGACUCGAAGCGUCGAGUCCUCUCCUCUUGAUCGGUCGCCGCUUCCAAGUGAAAAACUGUCUUUCGAGAGACAAUCGCGGUGGGACCGAUCUACGUCUUUGUCAGAACGGUCGGAGCAGAGAACCAUUGAUUUUCCACCUACUAUCCCGGCCCGCUCGUCGUCACUGUCAGCCCCGACAAGCCGCACUACCUCCCGGGCUGGCUCUCUGACUGCCGAAAGUCUUAAGGCUUUGAAUGAUGUACAUCGCCAAAUUACCAAGACAUUACCGUCUCAAGCUAUGCCUAUAGAACCGCCAACGUCUUCUGCCACGGUACGAGCCAUACCGACACUGCCAGUGCCACCAGUACCGACAUCACCCGUCGUGACAGUGCACUCUCCGCAGACUCCUAGAUCUGAAGGGGGUGGAUUUGCAGCCGAGCACCUUGGCACAGAUCAUCACGAUGAUGCAGCGUCAGCAAGGAAGUACUCAUCUCGCACGACGCCAUUCUCCAUAGUAUCAGUAGAAACCAAUUGGACGGCCCUCGAAGUAUCUGAAGCCCAGGCUGUUCAUAUGUAUCCCCACCAAAACUCAUCAGUUUUGAUGGUGAAUCAUUCUGCCAAGCACUCAGAUGCAUCUGACUCUACGGAGAAGGGUCUCAAGACGGUCAAGUCAAAUGAGCCCCCGAAAAUCACAGCUACCAGCCCCGAAGGCGGCCUCGUGACGCCUGAACAACGACAGUCAUCGGAAGAAGUUGAUUCUCCUCUUCGAAACCCUCGUGCACCGCCGGAUCCGCCUGUACUCCCACCAGCGAUCAACUUUAUUCCCGCCACGCCAUCUGGUCUAACACCUGCUAACGAAAAGGCAGAGCCAACUGCAGGUUUUUAUGAACCAGAGAAUGAGAAACCUGGUCGAAGAUCGUCAGUUGUUCUGAGAGCCCUAAGCCGACGUAGGCACUCCAUAGGUUAUCCUCCCAGUGCUUCAAAGCAACCCGGCUUCCUAACGAGAACAUUUUCUCUCUCACGAAGCCCCCGGAAGUCUUUCAACUCGCAAGGGCCCAGAAGUAUCAAUCCCGGCAUGGAUCCAUCUUACGGGAAAAGAGAAGAUGAACCUAUGGAACAAGACAUGCUGCAUCCUCACUGGCGCCCGCAGUGGGAUAAUGAGGAGCUUUGUGAUUGUGCAGAUUGUCGUCGCGGCAGUUGGUUCGACGAUGAAAUUUAUCGAUAUCCCCCGGUUGACAAUCGACCACGUCCCACGAAGCGCAGUCUGAGCACCAAAAUGAAGCAGACUUUUGCGAUCUUGCCAUCCCGGACUGAGAAACAAUACGAGGCCGACGACAUGCACGGGCCUCAACGCCGCACAGUCCAACGAACACCAAGUGGGAAUUUAAAAGUAAUGCGUCGCAAAGCGAGUUCUGAAUCGCUGAAGAAAGUUCAGAAUGCCUACUAUGAUCAGCGGCCUGUAUCAGAGGGUAACUCGCGGAAAGGAUUCUGGCGCGGGCAUUCUUUAGGGAACCGGCCAAGUUAUGGGAAGUUGCGCCGCUCUUCUUCGCUGAGCAGCAGACUCGAAGGGCUCCCAAGCCUGACACGAAUGUGGAAUGAGAGGCGACGAGAGAAGCGUACACAGGAGCUUCGACAGAUGAUUAGUGGACCGAGGGAAGUUCGAGAUGGUGUUGGCGAUGUCAUCAGGAACAGCAACAUUACAGGUCUACAGAACAGAUAUCCUGAUCAAAUAUAG